GGUGCCCGUGUAACUACCCGUCCCCCGGCGAGUCCUACAAGGAGAAGAGCUUGUGUCGGGAGGUGGCAGGAUUCGUGUGUGGCAGGGAAGAGGACUCCGGACGCUACUGGUGCUCCAUGCGCCACACUUCGAGCAACACCGUCUUCAACUCCGUCAAAUUCCACCUGGCCGUGCUGCCAGCCCCCACCCGGGCCCCCAGGGCCGCCUGCACCCCCAGCUCCCCACAGAGCCGGAGCUCUGCGCCCCCAGCAGAGGGAGUCACCGAGGCCCUUGAGGCUGCGCCUGCCUUCACCACAUCAGCUUGGCCCCGGAAUGCCACCUUCUGCCCUGGCCCUGAGGCCCCCUGCGCCCUGGGCCCGGGGCUCUGCGGACUCCUUCUCACCAAGAGCCUGGCGCUGGGUGCCCUGCUGUGGCAGGUGCUGUGCCGCUGAGCUAAAUCCCCAGCCCCGCCCUGCUCACUUCUUGGUUCAGGACGUCAAGAAUUUGGACGAGAUCCCUGAUCUGGUGACGCCCCUCCACCACCCUUCUGC